AUCUCAGCACCCAUCACAUCUGCUGUAGAUCAUUUAGAAGAACUUGAUGUGCAUUUAACAACCUGACUUUAUUAUUCAACAGCACCAGCAAGGAGGAAAAAACUAAAAACUAAGGUUUAUUAAAAACCAUAUUACAUUUAUGUUAUUAUUCCUCGUUUAUUUGGUCUUAAUGAAACUAAGGGUGAGAAACCAUUGGAUGGGGGUCUUCUGAAGUUUUGCACAAGGUGCAACUGGACUAGAUGGAUCAAUAGCGCGUGACUAUUGAAGAAACAUUGCGAGAGCGCAACACUGUAAAGAAUUCAGCAUAAAGAACAAUUAAAGCAUCAAAGUGGACUUGACUAUCCCAGAUCUGAGGACCGGGAAGUCAUUUUAUUAAAGCUGUUCACAUUUUUGCAUUAACUUCAGAUCGUUGUGCGCACUCUUACGCGUUGUAUUGCAUCUCCAUGUAGUGGAUAUAUUCCCGGACAGCAUCAAUAUCUCUCCUGUGUGGAUUUAAAGGAAUUAAAAGCCCUUCGUGACGGAGCAUGGACGAGCAGAGCCAUCUGAUGCACACCCUUGGAGGGGUGACCCUCACCGGAUACUCGGUGGCAUUACCGGUCACUCACGGUCACGAGACAGAUGAAGACGCGAGAAAUAAACAGGACUUGGGGGACAUUCUGCAUCAAAUUAUGACCAUCACCGACCAAAGCUUGGACGAGGCUCAAGCAAAAAAGCAUGGGCUAAACUGUCACAGAAUGAAGCCGGCUUUAUUCAGCGUGCUCUGUGAAAUCAAAGAGAAAACAGGUCUCAGUAUCCGUGGCAGCCAGGAUGAUGACCCCUCUGACCCCCAACUCAUGCGGCUGGAUAACAUGUUGCUGGCAGAGGGCGUGUCUGGACCAGAGAAAGGGGGCGGGGCAGCAGCAGUUGCCGCGGCAACAGCAGCAGUGGGUGUCGGAGCUGAUAACUCCAUCGAGCACUCGGACUACAGAGCCAAACUCACCCAGAUCAGACAGAUCUAUCACACAGAACUGGAGAAAUACGAGCAGGCAUGCAACGAGUUUACCACCCAUGUGAUGAACCUGUUGAGGGAGCAGUCUCGCACACGACCCAUCUCACCCAAAGAGAUCGAGCACAUGGUGAACAUCAUCCAUCGCAAGUUCAGCUCCAUCCAGAUGCAGCUCAAGCAGAGCACCUGUGAAGCCGUCAUGAUCCUCAGGUCUCGCUUCCUUGAUGCCAGGAGGAAACGGCGUAACUUUAGCAAGCAGGCGACAGAGAUUUUAAACGAGUACUUCUACUCUCACCUCAGUAACCCGUAUCCCAGCGAGGAGGCCAAAGAGGAGCUGGCCAAGAAGUGUGCCAUUACCAUAUCACAGGGGAAGGGAAGCACCAUCACUGUGUCACAGGUGUCUAACUGGUUUGGUAAUAAACGUAUUCGCUACAAGAAGAAUAUCGGUAAAUUCCAGGAAGAGGCGAAUCUGUACGCCGCUAAGACAGCAGUAACGGCAACUCAUGCUGUGGCCACCGUGGUACAAAACAGCCAGAACAACUCGCCUACCACAGCCAACUCCGGGUUCCAGAUGAAAGACGAAAAUUUUCAAUUAGAUGCAACAGAAGACAAAAGCAAUCUGUUAAACAACAUGUUCACUGGUUCCUCGGGUUCAUAUAGUUUGUCAUGUUCUGGAGAUAUGUUCAUGAGUUUGCCCAGUCUGAAUGGAAACUCAUACCAGCUGGCCCAGAUCCCCAGUACAGGACAGACACAGAGUGACUCCAUACGUCACACCAUUGGCCAGCCAUUGGGUUACAGCGAUGGUCUGCGAGGAAACCCACUUUACAGCCCUCAUAGCUUGAAUGGUAACAGUGGCUGGCAUGAUGCUGUCACUCCAUCUUCUGUGACGUCUCCUAUAGAAGGAGCAAACGGUGUUCACUCAGAUACCUCUAACUGACCAGACCUGCUGUCUGAAGUCACUCAACUUCCAACAAAGACAUUCCUAAGGAAAACCAACAUCAGCCAAUGACAUCUGCAGCCAGAAUUCAGAUAGAAGAGCAUGAUAUUGGAAUAUAGUCUCCGUUUCGCCCAUAGUCACGGAUUACAGUCACAAAAAGGAAGCAUGCAUGAUUCUUCAGUACAUCACAGCAAAAAUGAACCGAUGUAACUGGAAUAGUGGUACAAAUUAUAAUGAAAACUUCAAGAAGUAACAAAGCUUUAUGGGGAUACCUCGAUAAACAUGUUUAACAUGAGGAGAUGUGAUUUUUUUUUUAAAGGUUUUGGUGAUUAUCUGUGUAAACAUCUUUGAAUAUGUCUAAAAUGCAUCAGAUCGUUUACUUUGGAUGCGUUUCUUUUCAACUUACAUGCCACCAACAAUGAAUAAGUGUGGAGAAACUGAUUUUUUUUUGUGUGUACUUUUAAUGAUUUAACCUGAGCAUUAAUGUUAUACUGUACAUCAUAAAUGACAUUGACAUCUUGGUUUUUACCAAUAUAAAUUAAGACAAACACAAUUUAGCAAUAUACUGAAAACAUCAGUACAGCUCAAUAGGGUUCAGAAGUAAAAAAUACGAUACAAAAUCUCCAAAGAGUAGCCUUAAAGGUGCUAGAAGUGAUUUUAGACAUUCUCGAAUUUCCACAAGAUGAGCAGUUGGAUUAGCCACACCCCCUUUUUCCAAAACCCUGCACUCCAAAGAUACCAAAUGGGCUUUGAGAAGGACACAAGCAGGAACGUUGUCCAAAAUAAGACAACUGUUACGAACAACAUAAAAUCGUAUCAUCGGACGGGGAGGAUUGCGAGUGGGGUGGCCAGGCUUCAGUUCAUGGUGGCUACAAACCACCCCCUAGCUCCGCCCCUGCAGGUGAGAUAUCUCAGGACACUUAUUUCAUUAAUAUCUUUCAGGGAGUAGUAAAAAAUUUUGCAUUCCUUUCCAUGAAAAAAAUCACUUACAGCACCUUACAGCACCAAGUCAGUGUGAUUUCUGAGUUAAUCACUACACUACCCACAAUCUUGAAGCAAGAUCCACCGAUCAGUGAGCUGCCUUCCCUCCAAAGUCGCAUGUAGAAUAUUCCUUUGAUAUCUUACACUGAUGUUUAGAAAGCCAUUCGAUUCCCCAAUUCUUGGGAGGUGGUGUAUAAAGAAAUAAUAUGGCAAUGCUGUUUUCGACUGUCAACAAAGUUGUAUCUUGGUGUAACCGGUCCUGCUUGAACUGCUCCGAGCGGGAUUCGAACCGGGGUCUCUGUCAUUGGCGGAGGGUGUGCUAACAAGGAGGCUAAAGCUAUAGCCCCUAUUGUCAGUCGCUAGUGCACCUCUUGAGGCCAGGGGAGUGAGGCAACCAUUACACAGGCAGCCAAACUGCGGAGGACAGCAGGCGUACGAUUAUCAACAGAGAAGAUCAUUUACGAUAUUUACACAUCGGUCUCUGCAAACAUUUGCUAAACUGGUUUGUUAUCAUUUAAUGUAGGAACUUUGACAUAUUGAUGCAUUUUAUUUGCUUGAAAGUUAAUGUUUAUAAUUGGCUGUUCUCCUUUCCUUGGAUGCCACCACAUGCACACAUGCAGUGACAUUCUGUUGCACUUUUCCAAAUAGGAAGCUUGAAAUUCAGACUUUCUGAGUUGAAUGGAACGCAGCAACAGUCUUGCACCUUAUUGCGGUCUAAUUUACAGAUUUUCUAAUAUUUUAAUGUUGUGAUUCAUGGAGCUGGUUGGUUUGGUUCAUGGCUUAAAACUCUUGCAACUCUUAAAGGAAUAUUCCGGGCUCAAUACAUGUUAAGCUCAAUCAACUGUAUUUGAAGCAUAAUGUUGAGUACCACAAAAAUGUAUUUGGACUUUUCCCUCCUUUUCUUAAAAUAAAUAAAGAAAUAAAUAAAUCUUGGUUCCAGUGAGACACUUACAAUGGAAGUGAAUGGGGGCCACUGUUUCAAAAGGAUAGCCACAAGAAUUAUUCAACAUGCAUAUUAACAUAUUUUUUGUGUAAUAAAAUCGCUUACUAACCUUUUAUGAGUGAAGUUAUAUCCAAUUUUACAACUUCAUUGCCAUGACGACACAACACUGCAAACCCCGUAAUCCCGGUAAUUUGGUAGUCCGCUGCCAAAAUUAAGUUUUAAACAACUUUACAGCUCAAAUAAUACACAAGUUUUAGCAGAAGAAUUAAUGUAAUUACUUUUAUCAAAUUAUAAACUUUAAACCCUGCAAAAAUUGGCCCCCAUUCACUUCCAUUGUAAUUAUUAUUAUUAUUAUUUAAAUUUGUUUUAAAGAAAAGUCGUUUUUUUGUGGUAAAACACACAGUUAUGCCACAAUUGCUGUUGAUGAAGCCUAACUUCUACUGAACCCAGAACUUUCCUUUCAUUCCUUUUGUUUUUAAUGCAUUGGAGAAAAUGAAUGGGGAAAUUAUUUUUGUAACCCAGGCCACUUAAAAACUGGGAGGUCACUUUUAAGCUCUAUCGUGCAUUUUCCUCUUAAUCAUUUAUCAGAUAAUUUUAUGAAACUAUCUCCUACUUAACAUUGAAACACAAAUCAUCAUUUAGGGGUAAUCUGAUUAGUGAUAAUUACUACUAGUAUAAUUACUAAUAUAACUACUAGUACAUUCUGCAUUUGCACAUAGUGAACACAUUUGUUAUUCUUUUCUU